AUGCAGGUGUCCUGCAAGACUCGACUGCUCCUGUUGGACAUUCACCAGAUUAUUGAAGUCCCUCACGCAGCUCAAGAGCUACUUGCAAGUGAGCGUACUCCGACCCUGUCAAUGGCCCUUCCUGCAUAUGAACUCCUGCAGACAAAAUGGACCGAGCUGAAGGGAACCAUUUGGGAACUUGCCCAUUAUAUCGGAAUCGGCCUUGACAAGCUAACUAAUUACAUUCAUCAAGCCAGGAAAACACGAAUCUAUGCACUAGCAAUGACUAUCAAUCCGAGCUUGAAACUUGAAUGGAUGAAGGUUCACUGGGACGAGAAUGAUGUGAGAAAGGCACGGGAAUGGACAUUAGAAGCGAUGACAUCAUACCGUACAGCAAUGCGCUUGGAACGGGAAAGAGUACCUACACCGUGCAUAUCAGCAUUACAGCUCCCUUACUCCGCUGACAGUUCUACGUCUGUGGCUGCGCGAUCAUUGAUGGCAGGAUUUGGGCGCUUGACGAAAAUCAACACGAGUGUUCGACGUUCAACAACUUCAUUGUCAACCACAACCUUAACUGCCGCACCAAAUCGUUCCUUGACAUUUGGCCAGUCAACUCCGACACUUACGCUGGAAGAGCAAGCACAACGAGAUUUAGAGGAAGACAGGAAAGAUGCUGAGCGAGAAAUGCAGCGCUAUGAAGAAGCAGCGCUUCUUGAUGCCACGGCUGAACGCACAGCUGACAUUGUUCGUUUUUGGGAGCAAAAAGAACAUAUAUUCCCGCUGCUUUUCCGGCCAGUAUCUAGGAAUGCCAUAGAUGAGCUCAUGGCAGCAGGCAAGCUCGAUGAACUUGCGCAGCUGCUCGUGAACGAAAACGAAAACCAAUCUCUGUCUUAG